AAGAAGCAAAGUUCACCUCAGAAGGACACAUUUCCUAAUAGUCUCUGUUGCAACCAAAGCUUAUAUAGGACUAUUUUCUAGUGGUGGUUAGAGAUGAUUCUCUGCAAGGGGUUAUCAAUCAAGAAGGAACAUGGAUAGGAGAUCUCAAUAGUCCCGAGUCAAGUCAUGGGAACUAUGAGCAGCCUGACACUGAUAACACAAAUGAUGCACCAUCCAACAAACUACUCUAAAGGGAAAGGAAACCUAUCCUUCCCAUUGUUUGUUGUAUUUCACUAAGGGCAGCUCUGGGGUUUAGUACUAAUUCUCUCUGGGGACAAAAACCAGAGGAUUUUCUAACUGCUCUGGAUACAGUGUCUGAGGGACAGUGACAAACAAGAGAGGAGGAGUAAAACAGGACUCAAUUGCUGUUCCUGAUGUCUAAGAGUAUCUGUCCUGUUGCAGGAGGAGGGGAGGGAAUGCAGGAAACGGGUGGGAGUGGCAGAGGCCAUAUAUAGCAAUUGCUCAAGUGUAUCUUUUUGCCAGAGUUGGUUUGCUGUGCAUGUGAAACUGAGGAGAAACAAGGGAAAUAACAGCUUAAACACAAGUCUUCCUUUAAAGAGGAUAUCAGUGAGAUAUUUGCAAUGACUGAACCAACUCCUCCUGAAAGAGAGAAGAAGAAACAGAUUCCCACUGGCUUGAAUGGGCGAAGAGCCCUCCCACCCAAUGUCUCCAAUGAAGAAGAGGAUGAGGUUCCUACAAUGGAGGCCUUUGGUUUGAUGCCAAGGGGGUUUAGACCAGAAGAUUUUCUGCAAGUUCAGGAUGUCGUUUUGUUCACUGGCGAAAAUGAAAUCAACAAACAAGAACAUCACACAGAUAAAUACUUCAGCCCCAAGCUGAUUGUGCGCCGAGGCCAGUCUUUCCAUAUCCAGAUUUAUUUCAACCGUCCUUACAAUCCCAAAAAGGAAGAAUUCUGGAUUGAGUAUCUUAUAGGACGAUAUCCUCAACCAAAUAAAGGCACAUACAUCCGAGUGCCUGUGGUUCAAGAGCUGGAAAGCGGGAAGUGGGGUGCUAUAAUCACCCAGAGCGCUGACAGUUCCAUGAGCCUGACUAUCAAGUCAGCCCCAGAUUGCAUUGUGGGAAAAUUCCGCAUGUACAUUGCAGUCAUGACUCCAGUUGGCAUUCUCAGGACAAAACGAAACCCAGACAGAGAUACAUACAUACUGUUCAACCCUUGGUGUCCUGAGGAUGCUGUGUUUCUGGAUGAUGAAAAGGAAAGGCAAGAAUAUGUCCUGAAUGACCUUGGGACUAUUUUCUAUGGAGAUCCUGAAAAUGUAAAAUCCAGAAGCUGGAAUUACGGUCAGUUUGAAGAGAAUGUUUUGGAUGCUUGCCUAUAUCUGAUGGACAGAGCAGAAUUGGAUCUCUCCGGACGAGGAAAUCCGAUCAAAAUCAGCCGCGUCGGCUCUGCAGUGAUCAAUUCUAAAGAUGAUGACGGUGUGAUUUUUGGGUGUUGGGACAAUGUUUAUGAUUAUGGAGUAGCACCAUCAGCUUGGACUGGAAGUUUAGACAUUCUCUUGGAGUAUUAUAGUUCUAAGAAACCAGUGCGGUAUGGUCAGUGCUGGGUCUUUGCUGGAGUCUUUAACACCUUUUUGAGAUGCAUAGGAAUUCCUGCAAGGGUUAUCACCACCUUUUCAUCAGCCCAUGAUAACAAUGCCAAUUUACAAAUUGAUUUCUUUCUGGAUGAAAAUGGAAAGAUGGAUCCCAAAAUCACAAAAGACUCAAUCUGGAAUUAUCAUUGCUGGAAUGAAGCUUGGAUGGCCAGAUCUGAUCUUCCUGUUGGUUUCGGAGGAUGGCAAGCUGUAGAUAGCACUCCUCAAGAAAACAGUGAUGGCAUGUAUCGGUGUGGUCCAGCUUCUGUUCAAGCUGUUAAGCAUGGACAUGUCUGCUUUCAGUUUGAUACACCUUUUGUUUUUGCAGAGGUUAACAGUGAUGUCAUAUACUCAAAAUCAAUGAAAGAUGGAACUAAGGAGAUCCAAGGAAUUGAUACAACCUGUAUUGGGAAAUUAAUUGUGACCAAAGAAGUUGGUGAGAAUAAAAUGAAGGACAUUACUGAACAGUACAAAUUCCAAGAAGGCACAGAGGAAGAAAGACUGGCCCUUGAUACAGCCCUGAUGUAUGGUGUCAAAAAACCUGCUACCCAGGAUACAGUGUCCAGGGCAGAAGUUGAAAUGGACUUCCUAGUUGAAGACUCAACAUUUGGCAGUGAUCUCAAGGUCAACAUUACUUUCCAAAACAAGACCCAAAGCCGCUACACAGCAACCUCUUAUCUUUCCGGCAACAUCGUGUUUUAUACAGGAGUCCCAAAGACGGAAUUCAAGAACCACAGUUUUGAUGUGACACUGGAACCCAUGAAAUCUCAAACUGUCGAGGUGCUAAUCAAGUCGAGCGAGUACAUAAGCCAGUUGCUGGAACAAGCCUUCCUGCAUUUCUUCGUCACAGCCCGUGUUACAGAAACACAAAAGAUCUUGGCCAGGCAGAAGAGUGUCACGCUGAAAAUCCCUUCACUGCUCCUUAAGGUUCCUGGAGAAAAGGUAAUUAGUAAGGAGAUGAGCGUGAUUGUGGAAUUCACCAACCCGCUGAAACAGGCCCUGACAAAUGUCGUCUUGCGGCUUGAUGGUCCUGGUUUGCUGACUCCGACUUCAAAGAUGUACAGAGAGAUUCCACCAAAUUCAACCUUGACCUGGGAAGAAACAUGCAUUCCAAAGCGGGCUGGCCUUCGAAAGCUGAUUGCAAGCUUGGAUUGUAAUGCCCUGCGACAUGUCUAUGGCGAGCUGGACAUCAAUAUUCAAAGCGUGUAAAAAGAUAUUCUGCCCUGUGCCUUCACUUUUUAGUAUUUCAUAAAUUUCAUUAUAGGAAAACAUAGAAUAGAAAUAUACUUCCAAGGGCCAUAGGAAGGUGGAUGCACACUUUCUGUGCACAAACCUGAAUUUUGUGUGUGCAUGUGGUUUCCCUUUCAGAAGCUGCCCCACAAAACCAUGAAACUGCUCUGUAGGCACCCUGAUACAUUUUUUAAAAGGACAUAAUGCCCUAGGAAGUUCAUUUGCCCAAGCCCAAGGAGAGCAGCAUAGGAGCAUAGCAUUCUGCUUUUAUAUGCACUUCUUCAUUUCACUUGGACUUGUACAAGAGAACUUCCUAGGGCAUUGUGCCCACAGGGCUAUGGUGCAUGGGCAGAUUAAUUUGCAAGUGUCAGAGGGGGAUGCAUGCUAUUUUUCUCUGCCCAGCAUCUUCAGUUACGCUAACACUGAACUAACAAUGCAUAUUCAAUAAAGGAAGCUAUCUGAACAAGAAAUAAAAAAUAUGUUAAGGAUCAGAAAAUGGAUGAAGAUAAUCGAAAAAAUAAUCCAAUGGAAUUAUUGUUCCUGCAUGAUCAUAUGUAUUUGCAACCUCUUAAAUUAGAGAGAGGGCAGUCUUAAAAGGUUCAAGUCUCCGGAGUACUCUGAACUUUAGUUUUAAUUAAGAUUUGAUAUAUCAUAGAAUGUUUUUAAAAGCUAAGAAAGCGUGCUCCAGGUGCAAUAAAAUAACUUUUUAAAAAUUAACUAAGAAGGUAUUGUCAUAGAGCAAGUUUGCUUGGGUACUAGUAAGGAUCUGAUACCACAAGUAAAUUCUGAACACUUAAUUCUUAAUUUGCACAUCCAUGGCAAAUAGGUUCAUAUGACCAUUUUAGAAUGGCAGUUGAUGUGAAAAGAUAUCACAGAUAUCACAGAUUGAGUGAGGAGUGCUGGUAUUAGGGGAGUCAUGUGACCUGUCACACAAAUGCUUUAGCACCCAAGUCAGCAACUAGUUUUCCCUGGAAGGCCACUUUGGGAAACUGCUGGAGCAGAGAGGGGUCACCAGUGCUUCAGCCUGUUUAAGGACAUAAGAACAGCCCUGCUGGAUCAGGCUCAAGGCCCAUCUAGUCCAGCAUCCUGAUUCACACAGUGGCCCACCAGAUGCCACUGGAAGCCCACAGCAGGAGUUGAGGGCAUGCCCUCUCUCCUACUGUUACUCCCCUGCAACUGGUGGCCUGCCAGCAAGUUCAGUUUCUACUUCUUUCACACACCUCAUCUAGACUAGCCAUUAAAGGAUCAGUUGGCACCAUUUGGAGGGCUGAAUUUGUUCCAAGAGCCUUGAGUUGAUGACCCCUGUCCUAACACAUUAAAAGGGUUGUGAAAUCAUGGUUCCCUGAGCCAUGUAAAUGUACAUAUACUCACAUAAGAAUAGCCCUGCUGGAUCAGGUCCAAGGCCCAUCUAGUCCAGCAUCCUGUUUCACACAGUGGCCCACUCCUACAUAUUUACAACAUAUAUAAGUAAAGAUGUGCAAAGUUGUAUAUCAUUCAACUAAUUCCUGAACAUUGGUAGAGACAAAUAGGAUGUCCAAUAAGAGUGGUGAAGGAAACUGUCCUUAAAGACCAAUGUAUCUGUCUUCCUGCGGUCCAGAGUCUGUAGCUGUGUUGUCAGAGACCUGGGUUGAAUUCUAGCAUUGGUGUGAGGGAAGCGCUCUGUGCCUGGGACCCCUGUAUUCUACCAACUGCUUCCUCAGCACAGUAAGUCGUAGGGUUGAGCUUUCAGUCCCCUGGUCAUUAAGCCACUUUAAACAGGUCUUUGAUGUGCAAUGGGCUUGUUUCCCAAGCUAUUAACUAACUCAAGUUGCACUGCUAAUGAACUUAGCUUGUAUGAAAUCUCAGAUUUAUGCCACUUUGAUACACUGUAUCAUCUGCUUUUCACUUCUAUCUUAAGAGCCUUCUGUGGCUCAAAGCUUGUGUUCUUCCAAUUUAACAACCAACGUUAAUCCAAUAAAAGGAAUUUACCUAA